AUGUCAGGUACAUCCAUGUCGUCUCGAAUGGGCGAGCAGCACCAGCCGCAGCAGACCUCCGUCUUUGCGAAAAUGCAGGGAAUGGGCACUGGGAUGCAUGGUGGAAUGGGCAACAUGGGCAGCAACAUGGGCGCCAUGGGAGGCAGCAUGGGGAUGGCCCGCAAGAUGGGCAAAGGCGGCAUGGGCGGGAUGAACAACAUGAACAGCAUGAACAACAUGGGUGGUGGCAUGAUGAACAGUGGGAUGGGCGGUAUGGGCGGCGGCAUGGGUGGCGGCAUGUGUGGCCAAGGAAUGCAAGGCAUGGGUGGCAUGGGCAUGGCGCAGGGCAACGAGAAGGGGAAGAUGGGCUCCGGCGGAAUGUGCGGCAUGACCAUGGGAGCCAUGGGCCAAAAGGGCAUGGGGAAGCCCAUGGGCUGCAAAGGCGACUCCAAUGGUUGCGGUGCACAAGGCACACUAGCAGCCUCCUCAUUUUUCGAUGCGUCGGCCGCCUAUAGGUGGCAGCAUGGUCCAGCGGCCACCGGUGAUGAUGCUAAGAGCAUCCUCCUCAGACGAUGUGCCAAUGCCAAGGCUUUGGUGGGGGAUGGCUUUAACUGUGGCGGACCAAUGCUCCUCCGUUUGAUACCAGUAGCUGCAGUGCAGUCGGACUUCAACCUCCCACUUCUCAGAACACAUCGCGAGCCCAUGACAAGUUUGGAUUCCAUUAGUAGCAGAUGCCCCAUGCUCUCUGAGGGCACCACACCCGCGCAGCGGAUGCAGAUGCAGCAGGCACAGCAGCAGGAGCGCUUGAUGCAGGCACCAUCCCAAGCUUUCCAGCAAAAAGAAGGGGCCUCGUAA